AUGGCCCGUCAAGCUGCCAUCCUGGGGUUUUUGGCCCCGGCACUCAUCCUUGCAGCUCCCUUGAACUCCAAGGACAAAAGAGAUGAGAACGUCGACCUUACCGCCAGAGGUGAGGGCUUCGAAGCCCUCGUCGACAAGCGUGAGCCUUUGGAAAUCUCCGCUGGCAUCACGGCCUCAAUCAACGUCUCUCCCAUCAAGGUUUCCUCGAUCAAACCGAUUACGACUUUCUCCAUUCCCAAGGCUUCUUCGAUCAAGAAGUCCUCCAGUAGCACCAAGGCGCCUACCACCAGCUCGAAGAAGACAUCCAGCAGUGCUUCGAAGAAGACGUCCAGCAGCAGCUCGCAAAAGUCCUCUAGCAGCAGUUCAAAGAAGACAUCGAGCAGUGUCAAGGCGUCCAGCGUCAGUCAGAGCAGAGCACUCACUGUCAUGUUGCCUGUUUCUACCAAGCAGCUCACCCUUUCGAGCAUCUUGAAGUUGACCACUCUGCCCAAGACUGCUUCUUCAUCUCCAAGCAGCAUCAAGAAAUCGACUGUUACUGUCAGCCCCGUCGCAUCGAGCAAGAAGUCUUCUUCCUCAUCAGCCAAGUCUUCUUCCUCGUCGGCCAAGUCUUCUUCCUCGUCGGCCAAGUCCUCUUCCUCAUCGGCCAAGUCCUCUUCUUCGUCACAGAAGCUAAGCUCCACAAGCAGCGCUAAGGUCUCUACCAAGUCCAGCAGCUCCUUCAAGCUUCCCAUCUCGAUCCCUGUCUCGGUUCCUACUUCCAAGAGCUCGAGCAAGCCUGCUGUCAGUAGCUCCGAAGCUUCCUCGAAGUCUAGCAGUUCCAUCAAGUCUUCGAGCUCCGUCAAGCCCUCAAGCAGCUCCGCCAAGUCAUCGAGCAGCUCUGUUAAAUCUUCGAGCUCUGUCAAGUCCUCAAGCAGCUCUGUCAAGUCCUCAAGCAGCUCUAUCAAUUCAUCGAGCCCUUCGAGCUCUAUCAAGUCCUCGAGCUCGGUCAAGCCCUCAAGCAGCUCUGUCUCUCGUGGUGUCAGCUCCGCUUCCUCCGUCACUAGUGGCGUCAAGCAGGGCUCUACCUCAAGCAAGACUGGUCAGACUUUUGCCUUCAGCACGGUCUUGCCAUCAAACAUCAUCAAGACUAGCAGCUCUAGCAGCAAGUCGAUGACCGUUGUUACCAGCAAUGGCCAGGUUACCAUCAUCUCGAUCAAGCCUACUCCUGCUUCCAGCUCGAGCCGCGGUAGUUCGUCUUCCGCUAUCAAGCCUUCAGGUAUCAGUACCGCAUCUACCACUGGACCUCUCGAGUCGGCUGUUUCUUCGAUCUUCAGUAAGGCAUCGAGCAUAGUAUCCUCGGUCGUCUCGAAGGCUACUAGCGUAGUCGGCGGAGAAGUUUCCAGUGCUAUCUCUCAAGGGUCUACGAUUGGUUCCAAGGUUACUUCAACCAUCGCUGGCGAUGCUUCCACCGUCAGAUCGAUUGUCUCGCAGGUUACCUCUGUUGUUGGUGGUGAUGCGUCCACAAUCAGAUCCCAGGCCUCAUCCCUCGGUUCGCAGGUGACAUCCGUGGCCGUCGGCGAUGCUUCCACCAUCAGAUCCCAGAUCUCAUCGAUUGCUUCUCAAGCUGUUUCUGCAGGUGCUGGUGACGCUUCUGCCAUCGGAUCUCAGGUUUCAUCUGCCGUUUCGCAGGCUACUUCUGCAAUUGGCGGUGAUAUUUCCACUGCCAGAUCUCAAGCAUCGAGCGCUAUCUCUCAGGCAACUUCUGUUGUUGUUAGUGAUGCUUCGAGCGCCAUUUCUCGUGCAUCUUCCGCAGCCUCGCAAGCGACUUCUGCCGUAGUCAGCGGUGCCUCUAGCGUUCGUUCUCAGGUCUCAUCUGGCGUCUCGCAAGCGACAUCCGCGGUCUCGAGUGCUCAAUCAGUGGUCAGCUCGCAAGUUUCUUCCGCCGUCUCGAAGGCUAGCUCGCAAGUUUCCAGCGCCCAGUCAGUCAUCAGCUCGCAAGUCUCCUCAGCCGCUUCUCAGGCUAGCUCUGCGGUCACCAGUGCUCAGUCAGUUAUCAACUCGCAAGUCUCCUCGGCCGCUUCGCAGGCUAGCUCUGCGGUCACCAGUGCUCAGUCAGUUGUCAGCUCGCAGAGUCUCCUCGGCCGCCUCCAGCGCCCAUCAGUUGUCAGCUCGCAAGUUUCCUCGGCCGCUUCCCAGGCAUCUUCUGAAGUCUCGAGUGUGAGCUCGCAGGCUUCUUCGGUCGCUUCUCAAGCUAGCUCGGCAGUCUCAAGUAUCAGCUCAGAAGUAUCAUCAGCAGUAUCGAGUGUUAGCUCCCAAGCAUCAUCUGCGGCUUCUGAGAGCGCCUCCGCCUCUGUCUCUAUUUCUGCUGGUGUUAGCGCCUCGGCCGGAGCAUCGCAGACUUCUGUCUCUUCUUCGGAACUUCCUUCUUCGGUCGCUCAGAGCUCUGCUGCAGCCUCGACAGACAGCGAUGCCUCGCCCACUGCAGACAACAAUGCAGGCCUUCCUAUCUCCAGUGUCGCCAGUGAAAUAUUCUCUAUAGUCACCGACCUUCCCGGACCCACCGAUAUCUCCGCACCAAGUGGUAUCUCCUCAGUGGCCUCUAGCAUCGUCAGCGAGAUCGUUUCUGAAGCUACUGAUCUGCCCGAGCCCACUGACUUUCCCGUUGCUUCUGAGAUUUCCUCGAUCUCGAGCGCUUUCAGCGAGAUUGUUUCUCAGGUUACCGAUCUUCCCACUGUUCCGGGUUCAGCAAGCAGUAUCGUGAGCGAGAUCGUCUCUCAGGUCACUGACCUUCCUGGAGACAUCUCCAGUGCUGUAACUAGCAUUGUUGGAGACAUCACCUCGGAUCUUGCCAACUUUCCUACUCCUUCAAACAGCAUCAUCAGCGAGAUUGUUUCUCAGGCUACCGAUCUGCCAUCUGUACCAAGCAGUAUCGACGGUGAUGUACCUCAGAUCACGGAUGUCCCUGUGAUCAGCGACGCAUCCAGCGUGGUUUCAAGCAUUGUGGCCACUUUGACUUCCGACCUCUCUGCCGCCGCUUCCAGCAUCGCUAGCGACGUUUCCGAUAUCCCAUCCGCAGCAAGCAGCAUCGUCAGCGAUGUGGUGCCCGCCGAUCUUCCUCAAGUCACAAACCUCCCUGGCGAUGUUAGCAGCAUUGUUAACGCAAUCACUACCGACCUCUCUGCCGCAAGCAGUGUUAUCAAUGAUGCUGCUGCUCAGAUCACGGAUAUUCCUGUUGUUGACGAUUCGUCCAGCGUGCUUUCUAGCAUCGUGGCCACCGUGUCCUCCGACCUCUCUGCCGCAGUUUCAAGCAUUGCUAGCGAUAUUUCCGAUCUUCCUUCGGCCGCAGGCAGCAUCAUCAGCCAGAUUCUCCCUACCGACAUCUCUACGCCUACCGAUAUCUCUUCUGCUGUGGUCAGCGCCGUCAAUGGAGCUUCCAGCGAUCUUCCUCAGGUCACCGACGUUCCCGCCGCAGCAAGCAGUGUCAUUUCAGAUGCUGAGUCGGCCGCCACUUCCAUAAUUGACAACACUGGUGAUAUCGCCUCUUCUAUCAUCUCAUCGAUCGUUCCCACUAUCACCGUCGAUAUCUCAUCUGUCAUCUCAGACGCUGGAGCCGCCGCCACUACGCUCGUUGACAACACUGGUGACAUCGCCUCUUCUAUCAUCUCAUCGAUCGUUCCCACUGUCACCGUCGAUAUCUCACCUGUCAUUUCGGACGCUGGAGCCGCCGCCACUACGCUCGUUGACAAUACUAGUGAUAUCAUCUCAUCAGUCGUAUCGAUCGCUUCACCCGCCAUCAGCGACGCAGCCUCUGGCGCCAGUGCCAUCGCCAGCGACCUUGGAGCUGCCGCGUCGGACAUUGGUGGUGCUGUUAACACUGCCAUUAGCACUGUCAUCUCUUCUGACAUCCCUGCCGUCGAGACCGGAGUAAUUGAGCCCAUUGUUUCGGGAGUCUCACAGGCCGCCAGUGGAGCCGUCCCGAUUGCUACCAAUGUCGUUGACACGGGCGCCACUGCUGUUAGCCAGGUUGUGUCUGCAGCCACCUCCGUGAUCCCCACUAUUGUUACUGAUAUCGCCUCUGCCGCCUCGAACGCUGGAUCAGCCGCGUCUUCGGUGGCCUCUGUCGCCGGCUCGGCUGUGUCGAGCGUUCUGUCUGACACCGGAGCAGCCGCCACAUCCAUUGUCGGCGCAGCCGGUUCAGGUGUCAGCUCAGCAGUCGGAUCUGUCGCCACAGGAUUGGGCAACACCGUCUCCGACACCACCGAUACCGUUGGCAAUGUGCUUGGCGCAGUUGUUGGCAGCAACUCAAGCGCUUCGUCUUCCGCCGUUCCUACCACUCUGGUCACUAGAACUUCAUCUGCUUCGUCGACUUCUUCAGCCGGUUCUUCUACCUCCACCAAGGCUAGCUCUACUUCCUCCGCCGCGUCAAGUGGCUCCACUGGAUCUGGACUUCUCAGCGGCACUGCCAACAACCUCGGCAAUGCUCUUAGUGGUGGCAAGAGCAGCCCCUAA